UGUGGCCUGCAGCUCUCCGCAAAGCAGUCUCUCGAUCAACACAUGAGGACACACACUGGCGAAAAGCCUUGGAAGUGCAAAUUUCCAGGAUGUACACAUGCUUUCAAACAACAAAGCGCACUUACCAUGCACGAGCGAACUCAUACUGGUUACAAACCUUUGGUGUGUGAUAUAUGUGGCAAGUCGUUUGGAGAAUCAUCCAAUCUUUCAAAGCAUCGCCGGACCCACAACAACCGGGGCUCACACGUCUGUAUCAUUUGCAACAAAGAUUUCCAUCGGUUAGACCAGCUUAGGCGCCAUAUGCACAGUAACCAUAAGUGCAAGCCAGAAGAGGCUGAAAUAAUAGCCAAGGGAAAUCAGUUACGCCUAGAACAAAACGCAUCGAUGAAGCAGCCCGUAUAG